AAAAAGUGCAUCAAAACUCUCAAAUUCUGUUACAGAUGGAGAGAAAACGUUCUUUUUCUACUAUCAACAACAACAGCUUCAAAAAGACGUUACAAAUAAGAAACAAUCAAAACAAGAACAAGCCUUCUUUCACCAAAGAAGAUUCUGCAAUUCUCUUGAAAAGGUACGACGCAAGGACGGUGUUGAUGCUGUUGCAGGAAGUGGCGAGUAAUGCAGGAUGGAAGAUUAAUUGGAAGGAGAUGGUGAAGAAAACUUCCACCGGUAUUUCGAGUGUGAAAGAGUAUCGAAUUCUGUGGCGGCAUUUGGCGUAUGGCCAUUCCUUGAUUGAUGAUGAUUUUCAAGAUCUGGAUGAUGAUAGUGAUUUGGAGUGUGAGCGGAAAUCAUUCCCACCUAUAUCCAAGGAAAAUGAAUCGCAAGCUGCAGCAUGUGUCCAGGUAAUGAUUGAAUCUGUUACAAUGAGUGAAUCAGCACCAAGUAGUUCAAUAAUUGAAGCUCCAUUGCCUAUAAAAGUUGCUUCAUCUAAUUUAGCAGAAGAGACAGAAAUUAGUUUUCCAGUUAUUGUGGAUAGACAAACAAGGAUAAAUAGUAGUAAUGCAUUAUCAAAUGUAAGAAAAGGAGGAUGGUCAAAGGAAGAGGACAUGGAAUUACAAGCUGCUGUUGAGAAAUGGGGUGAAGGGAAUUGGACAGAAAUGGCUGCAAGAGAUGAUUUUCCUCUUAAUAGAACUGCUGCACAGUUGUCUAAGAGGUGGAGAAUUUUAAGAAAUAAAUUUUGGCAGCAAUAACUGAGAAACCAUUGCAAGAAGCUGAUAGCCGAUAACAGUUUGAGAUUGAUGGAUCGAACGGUCACUGAUGCAUCGACUGCGUGAAUGUGUGCACCAGUUAGUGGAAAUCUGCAUUAGUCACAUGAUAAACCAGUCAAAAAGUUUAAAAUCUCAACUAUUUUUUUUUAGUAUUUUCUCUUAUUUCUAUUAUAAAAGAAUAUAUUUAUUUUUCAGAUUUAUAUAAUAAAUUAGAGUACAUUUUAAUGUAAUGUUAGUCAGAUAUACUUGUUUUUUAAUAAUUUUUUAAUAGAAAUUAGAGUACAUCUUUAAGUAAUGAUAUAUUUUUGUAUAAAACCAUCUAGUUUAAUUACCUACUCAA